ACACACCCUUUGUUAUUUAUAUUAUUAAUGGUAACAUACACACAUCGUGAGGUCUUUAGGCAACUGAACAAGCACUUGUUGGAGAUUCAAUAUAUAUGAGCAAUUCUCAUGAAGGAUUGGUAGCAUGAGGAGAACAAACUGUUGUUGGGCCAUCCUUUCUUUCUUGGCUCUCCUUUGCAUUACCCAUGUCUUGUAUGCCACAGACACACUUACAGUUGGCCAGGUAAUGCAAGAUUGGGAAUUCUUGGAGUCUUCAGACAAGCGCUUUAAGUUGCUAUUCUUUAGCCCAGAGGGAUACUCGCGCUAUUUGGGAAUUCAAUAUAUGCAGAUGUUGAGCACGGUUGCAGGUAGAGUUCAAGGAAAGUUUGUUUGGGUUGCCAACCGUGGCAAUCCAUUAAGAGGAAAUUUAAGCAUCAGUCACAAUGGGAACCUGGUGCUGACAGACUAUAAUGGGAUCUCUAUCACCAUAAAUGAUGCACAACUUGCCUCGAGUGGUAACACAAGUGCAACUCUGCUCGAUACUGGCAACUUGAUUCUUACAGAAGGAUCACGCAUUGUGUGGCAGAGUUUUGAUUAUCCUUCUGAUACCUGGCUACCCGGCAUGAAAUUAGGGUUGUUUAAUGUGUCGAGCAGUGGACAACAACGAAACCAAUAUCUAACUUCAUGGGUGAGUGAGCAACUUGCCACUCUUGGGGCUUUUACUUUAGGUGUGGAUCCAAACAACACAAAGCAGCUAGUGAUUUGGAAAAGAGGGGUUAUUUACUGGCGUAGUGGAAUCUGGAAUGGGUACAACUUUAGUUUCUUUCCAGGUAUCAGAAAUUCUAAUGAAUUCAAUUUUAGCUACUUCUCGAAUGAGAACCAUAGCUAUUUUACUUUUAACAGGACUGAUUAUGAUUCUGGUUCUUGGAUUAGUAUAGACUCAUCUGGGGAAAUUCAAAUAUAUAAAAUGGGCCAAAAUUUUUUAUUUGGUCCAACAAAUUACUGUGAUGAUACCCAAGCGAAAUACAGGACUAAGGGGUGUGUAGCGCCUGAGCCAUCCAACUGCACGAUUGGAGAUGUGUUCAAUCAGACAAGUGGAUCAAUGAGUAUAUGGAGGUCAUUAGACAAUUACAGCUUAGGUAUUACUGACUGUGAGGAUAUUUGUAGAAGAGAUUGUUCUUGUACUGCCUAUGCUUCUACUCGGUCUGACGGCUCCGGGUGUCAGUUUUCUGAUGGUUACAAGUCUACCAAUUUGCAAGAUAUGUUUUACAUUCGAACGAGCACCAUGGCAAACAAUGAUGAUCCAAAUAUUGCACCCUCUUACCCUCCAAUGUACACGCCUCCGAAGCAUCCACAUAACUCCAAGAAGAGGUUAUUGUGGUUCACCAUCGUUGGUAUAGUACCUUUUUUGGUAGUUUUGUUACUGUGCUAUUUGUGGUGGAGAAAUCGCCAUAGAGGAGGAAAUAAUCGAAGAAGAAAAGACCAAAUAAGGCGAGGUAUAUCAGGAUUAAAAACAAGAACAAUUAUUGACAAAAUUCGAAAAGUGAAAAAGGAUCAUGAGUUGCCAUUGUUCACUCUUCAUAGCAUAGAAAUUGCUACAGAAUACUUCUCUGAUGCAAAUAAGAUCGGGCAAGGUGGUUUUGGGCCUGUUUACAAGGGUAAGUUAGUUAAUGGGCAAGAAAUUGCUGUGAAAAGACUUUCUAGAAGCUCCAAUCAAGGAUUAGAGGAGUUCGAGAAUGAGGUCAUAUUGAUAUCAAUGCUUCAACAUCGUAACCUUGUUAGACUUUUGGGUUGUUGCACUGAAGGAGACGAGAGGAUAUUAAUAUAUGAAUACUUACCAAACGGCAGCCUAGAUUCACUUCUUUUUGAUGUAACAAGGCAAUCUUUACUGGAUUGGAAAAUGCGUGUUUGCAUCAUUGAAGGAAUUGCUCAAGGACUUCAAUACCUCCAUAAGUACUCUAGAUUAAGAAUCAUUCAUAGAGAUUUGAAAACUAGCAAUAUUUUAUUAGAUAGUGAGAUGAAUCCAAAAAUAUCUGACUUUGGCACAGCUAGAAUUUUUGGAGAUAAUGAAUCUCAAGCAAACACCAAAAGAAUUGUUGGGACAUAUGGUUACAUGUCUCCAGAGUAUGCCUUGGACGGUCUAUUUUCCGUGAAGUCUGAUGUUUUUAGCUUUGGGGUCAUGAUGCUAGAGAUCAUAAGUGGGAAGAAGAACACAGGUUUCUAUCAACCCGACCGUGCUUUGAACUUGCUAGGAUAUGCAUGGGACUUGUGGAUAGAUGGAAGGGGUUUGGAGAUAAUGGAUCAUGCAUUAGUUGAAACAUGUUCAACAAGUGAGGUUUUCCGAUACAUUCAAGUUGGUCUUCUAUGUGUUCAAGAAAGUGCAGCAGAUAGACCAACUAUAUCAGAAGUUCUGUCUAUGCUUAGCAACGAAAUGAUUACUAUACCUACUCUUAAGAAACCUGCUUUCUCCGCAAUUGUUGGUAUAAACGAGGCCAAUGCACCUGAAAUUCCAAGACCUUGCUCUAUAAAUAAUGUCACAAUUUCAGAAAUAGAUGGUCGGUAACAAUUGUGCUUGCUGAAUAGGUAUUACCUUCUGAACAAAACUAUCAUUGUGAACUUUGACUGACCAUGCUUUCCUUAUAUUCUCAUAACUUGGCUCUAAUAGUUGUUGAAGAUGCAAUGAGUUGAGUAAAUAAUGUCAGGGUUAAUUUGGUACUUCUUAUUAUAGGUGAAUUUUACAAUA